UCAUGUUCCUGGGUUAUAAAUAUAUUAAUACUGAUAAGUGGGAAAUCGAGCAUAUCGGUAAGGUUUCAUGAUUGCUAUUUACUGAAGGCUGAUCAACGAAAAAUGAAUAAUUCAUACUUAUACUUCCAAUACAUUUCCUAUGACCGACUCAUAUCAUCCCCCAACAUCCUAACCCUAUAAAACCUCCCCCCUCCCCUCUUCGGUGUAGCCAGGAAUAGUGUAGUCUGUCUGUCCCGUGCAUCGCUCAAGCGUCAAGUCUGUGUUAGGAGGAUUCUGUACGUGCACGCUGUUACCUUACACUUCCCGAGGAUAGAUGAAGACUUGUGCCAACACCUUGACGGGGUGAAUAGGCUUACGUGACUCCAGCAGCUGUGGCCAACCUCCUCAUUUGUUGUGUGGUAGCUAUUUUGUGUAGUCAUAUUCUCCGUCUGUCUGCCGCAUUGAAUUUCUCCUUAUUAUAAUAAUUAUUCAGCACCUUUGUUUUGUGUGUCCGUGCGGCAGAAGCGUUACUUCCCCCAGUAUUAAUGGUAUUCUGCUCACAGCCAUUUUUUUCCCACUAGCUAAGUAUUUAUUUGUGUAGUUAUUUGAGAAAACGGCUCAAGCGUUACUCACUGCAUUUCCUGAGACAUUUAUUUUAGUUUUAUUCAGAAAUGCUCACUCGUUGAAAUCAAUCCGUAUGGCAUUUAUUUGUAGACAUUCUCCUAAUUUAUAGUGGCAGUCUAUUUGUAUAUGCAUUAUUGUAAUAGUUUCUGGGACGUCCGCAUUUCCUCGUGCAUUAAUCUAAUGUAAAGCGGUACAAGGAUUUCUUCACAGUUUUAACGAGCGAAUGAGCGUAGUGGCCGCUUGCAUUCUGGUGCUUGACCCGUUUCUGUGAGCGGAAACUGGUUCGAAACACUCCUGCUUCAUAUUAUUUUAUUAUUUCCUCUUUGUGGCACCCUGCGAGGUACUGACCUGCUCCAAGGUAUCUUUCCUCUGUGUUGAUUUAGUAGAAUACUCGGAGAACCUAAGGAUAAGUCGGCGAGGCUCAGUUUGUGGUGUAAUUGAUUGAUUGAUUGUGUGGGUGUGAGUACCCCUGCCUCCUUGCCUGUUCCUCCCUGCCUCUGCCUACCCCCUCGUGCCUCCAUGCCUCUCCCUCCCUUUUCCCUCCAGUCCCCCUCCUUGCCACCAUUCCUCUCCCUCCAACGUUCCUCCAGUCCCCCUCCCUGCCUCCCACCCCCCGCCCCCCUCACUGCCACAGAAAACGAGACGAGGAGGACGCGGCGGCCAUGAGCGGGCGUCAGGGAGGUUAGUGUCAGACUGUAUCAUGAUUGUGAAGUACCCAGCUGAUAUUUAGUCUUAUCGCUCUCAUGAGUGGACGGCGCGGGCCCCAGGGUGACGGCAGUGUGGCGGGGCGAGGGCUGAGUGGCCAUGAUAGCCCCGCGAGGCGUGUGUUGUGGCUGGGGGCGAGGGUACCACAUGGCGACUUUGUUGAGGCAUCGGGAAAUAGGCUUUUUGGGCAUUACCAAGGCUGAGCAAGUGACAUGUCCGCCAGAGGGGGCAGUCAAGGUCAGACCAUGGAGCUGUUAGACGAGGCUGAUCUAGGUCCUCCAAUGCGACUCAAGGAGGCUCUCAGUGUGAGGGAGUUAUCCUCUGAGUCCGGCAUGGUGUUUGAGAUAGCAGAUGAGCCAGAUGAAAACCGCCAUGCCCAACCACAGAAACUCUUUUAUGAUGAUGCCGCACUCAUAUCCAGUCUUAGCCUUGAUGGAGGAAUGUAUGAAGAUGAUGAAAGUAUAGUAUCAGAUGGAGAUGAGAGUGAGCCCUUUCAGCGACUGGCUGCCAAGAUGGUAGAUGUCUCCGGAGACGGUGGAGUGCUGAAGAUGGAAGUGAAGCCUGGAGUUGGGCAUUGCAUUCCUGACGGUGCAAGUGUUACAUUCCACUACUCGGCAUUCCUGGAGUAUAGUGACGAGCCCUUUGACUCUACGAUGUUACGGGAGCAGCCAGAGAGGAAGCUGCUGGAUGCUGGGGAGAUGAUUCCAGGCCUCAAUGUAGCCAUCAAGACUAUGAGGAGGGGUGAGAAAUCCAGGUUCCUCAUCCAGCCUCAGUAUGCCUUUGGUGAGGUAGGGUGUCCACCAAGGAUCCCAGGAGGAGAGAGACUCCUAUAUGAGGUGCAUGUGGAGAGUGUUGUGGAUCGGACCGCUGCUGAUACAUUUGAAGAAUUAGAAGAAGGGAAGCAGAGCCUGACAACCUUCAAGGAGAGGCUAGAAGCUGCCCAAGCACACCACAGCCAGGGUAAUCAGCAUCACAGUGAAGGAAAUCUGGGUGCUGCUAAGAGCUCCUACUAUCGUGCUACCUGGAUUAUGGAGUACAGUGCCCUGAAAAACCGUGAAGAGGAACUGGAGAGAGGCAAGAUUCUUAUCAGGUUGAGGAGCAAUUUGGCGCAGAUUUAUUUGGAGUUGAAGGACCCUGCCCGGGCCUGCACCCAGUGCAAGAUGGGACUCGCAGUAACCGGAGAGCAUCCAUCAGCAAUUAUUGCCAAGCUUUAUUUUAGGUACGGGAAGGCCAAACGCCUUCUUAAUAACUUUGCAGAAGCAAAGAAGUUUCUUCUUAAGGCAAAAAAAAUCAAACCUGGCUGGAAUGAAAUCACACAGGAGCUGGAAGCUCUGACCCAGUCAGAGGAGAAGUGGGCUGCUCGGGAGCGGUUCAUGUGCCAGCGCAUGUUUAACUUCAGUGAUAGUAGCCCAGGACCAGAGAGCUCCUCCCAUAGCACACCACCCAGCAGAUUGAUGGGAAGACCAAGGAACAAAGCUGGGUCACAAGAUAAAGAGGUAAAACAUAAAUCUAGAGCUUGUUAGGUGUGUAAUAAUGAUGCAGUGUAAUGAUGCCUUUCUCACGUGUAGCACGUCAUCUUGAAGCCAUGUGUUGUACAGCUUCUUAAAGUAGGUACCCUUUCUCAAGUACAGAAUAUAGGAUGUAUUUUUCCUUAAUUAAUUAAGAGCCAUCAUUUAAUUGAACUAACCCCAAGUCAGUUUAGGGAGAACUUAAGCAAUGGCUACUAGCCUAUACUGAAAUGACAUAACAUCAACUUUUGACUGGGUAAAUAAAUAGUGUAAUUGACAUCUGUCAACACUUAAUAAAGUGUAUGUACCUCA